ACAACGUGUACUUUUCAAGCUGUAAUCCAUAUCGACACAUGAAUAUUUGUGACGUUUCUUCGUGACGUUGUCGGCUGCUGUGCGCGCUGCUCGUGUCAAGUGAGGGUCUUGUACAAUACCGUUGAAAAAGGUAAAGUGUCGAAGUUAAAGUCAGAGGGAGAAGGAGACGAACCACCAUGUCCAGUAGUGUGCUGUGUGGUCGAGGCAGGCUGGUCCUAUCCAAGACGCCCGUCCGUCACGCGCUAGCUGCCCUCCGCGUCGGCAGAACCAGAAUCUUCUCCACUGCGAGUUCAGAUGAGCCUUACAUCAACGUACCACACGCCGACUCGGGGCCCAGGACCGUGUGGCCCGACGAGAACAUGGGACCAUUCGCACCUCAAGACCAGCGCUUCCAGUUACCGGGUAACGCCGGGUUCGACUGUCACCUGGAGGGCAUGGAGGACCUGAAGUGGACUCCGGUCCACAAGACGCUGCCGGAUGUACUGACGGCCCCGAGCGGCACGGAGAGACACCAGUUCAUACUGGCCCAGUUUGUUCACGAGUUCCAAGGAAACCUGGGAACUAUCGACACCAGAGUCCAUAAAGCUGAGCAGUACUUCACUCAGACGGAGACGGACUGCUCCAUCAGCUCCUGCCCUGAGCUGCUCAGGAAAGAUCUCGAGCUCAUGUUCCCCUCGGCGCCCACCACGUCCAUCACAGUCGUGACGGUCACGCAGAGCAACGGUGUGUGUGAGGAGGCGGCCGCGCAGGACAAAGACCAGCUGCUGCGCAAAUUUGUGAGCGGAGCGAAGGAGAUGUGCUUCGCCCUGUGGACGGCCGGCUACUGGGCGGACUUCAUUGACCCGACAACGGGAGCAGCCUUCUUCGCGUCUCCGCCAAGUCAAACAAAGCUGCGGACGGAGGAGGAGCUACGAGACCUGGGCUUCCACAUCGAGGUGUCGGGCUCCUGCACGGUCAUCCGCCACAUCCUGAGGGGAACGCCUCAGUUUGUGGGGACCGUUUUCACCAACGCACCGGCUCACAGUUCUGCCAUCGCGAGACUACAAGGACGUUCACAUGUGCUCGCUGAUGAGGAAUAGGCUUUUAAAAAAUAUAUAUAUAUAUUUUUCAGAGCGAAAUCAACAAGGCGUCUUAUUUAUGGUUUGAAGGAGUUUGGAUCUCGUCGUGUUGGUGCACGGCUGCACCCGUGGAAGAUCGUGCAAAGUGUGUCGUACUGUAACAAGGACUUGACCGAGACUCUAAUGUAGACCCCGGUGCUGGUGAACCCGGCUCACCCUGAACCACAUCCGGUAGAAACGGGAACUCGGAGGCUGUCUGAAGAGUUAGUAGACAUGUCACCGCGUCAGAGGAUGACAUCACCGGUGUUUUAUGAUAAUAGAGCCACGGAUUUGAGAUGUAAAUCCAGAUAUCGGGUCAAAACGUGUUUUGUUUCCUCUUCUCUGUUGCACAGACUCUACAGAAGCGAGGGUUGUGUGAGCUGAAUCACUCCAGCUGUGAUGCUCACACCUGCUGAGCCAAUAAAGUGACUUCAGGCCGCUGUGA